AUGUCACAAAUUGGUCAACCGAUGAAGACUACAGAUCUCUACGAUCAGCCACCACCACCAGCAGCAUCAGUAGCAUCAGCAGCGCCACCGCCGCCGGCAAAUGACCAACUCUAUGAACAACCGCCACUGGUUGACGAUGGGAAGCAAUCGACGGCAAGGACGAAAAGCGAAGAAGUUCAGCGACCUACAAAGCCAACCCAGAAAACCGAGUACGAAAACAUCGAUGAAAUGUAGGCAUCUUUUUGGGAUCUAUCAAAGUGAAGAAAGAACAAAAACACGGGAAAACGAAAGGGAAAGAAGCAUG